AUGGCGCUUCCGGACCCAACUUACGUGUUCCGUCCCAUGACGUUUCUAGCGUUUAUGACUCAAUGGUUUACCAUGAUGAUGAACGGCUCCUUCAUGGCCAUGAUAUCGACAAAUUGGAAUGGUGUUUUCCCGACCGGAACUCCGGUCAAAAGAGCGUGGACGGGAAUAUGGCCUAUCGACUACGUUACUGGCCUCCUCGUGGUAUUCUUUGGUUCCGUCAUCAACCUAGCCGAUUUAUCUGACGUUGGGCCGCUUUUAAUGCUAGUUGACCUGGUAUUUGUGCUGGUGGUCUUCAACAUGAUGACUCUCGUUGAGGACCGAAGAAAUAGGAAGACAGGCUACCUACGAUAUACUGCCAAUUGGCAAUUCUUGUGGAACUGGUGCGGAGCGGCCGCGAUUCUACCAAUCUACCUUCAUUUAUAUUUCAAGGAGCGGUCGACACGAAGACCCCGCGUGCCUAAAGAUCAGUCCCAGGCCUUACCAUUUACAGCGGUCUGGAGCGUGCUAAUCUCGCUUCCCCUACUUAUCCCCGGGGCUAUUGGCUCUCACCCCUUUAAAAUCCAGGACGCUGCGGUUUUUUGGUUCUUCGCACCUCUAACUCUUGGGCCAUUCCAGGAUCUAGUAAGCUAUAUGGUCUCAAGUCAAGAUUAUAAAGGACUGGCAAGCCCGAUCAAAGUAUCAUACAUGAUAGUUGGCUUGGUUAGCAGUAUCGUCCGUGUCGGCGUUCUUGCAUAUGCCUAUAUAUCCCCAGAUAUUUCUUGGAGCAGAAUAUAUUGGCCCAACUACAGCCUCAUUCAGAGUGGUCCAAAUCUACUGACUGAGGGAGCUAUGAUAUUCAUACAGUGGGAUCUUCUGAUAAUCUCCUUAGCAGUUAUUGCUGUUGGGGUUUACAUGCUUGAUUCUGAAACAUCGAUGCGAGCAUCGGGAUACGAACGUCCUUUAUUGAGAUUUUUAGUUAUCACUACUAUUUUUGGCCCAGGAAUGGGAAUGGUUUGGCUACUAUGUAGGAAGGAGACUGAGAUGGAUACUGAGGAAAUCGCAAGCAAGCAAGCUUAG